AUGCCUUACCUAUCGACCUCUCAAGAAUAUCUGGAACAAUCAGCGCUCCUGCUGGAAGCAUACCCAGAUACGACGCGAAUAACAACAAAAUACACCUAUCCCACCUCCAAAAAGUCCCAAUCCACUGCGAAAUUAAAACCCCCAACAACAGCAACACCUACACCUUCAGCUACAUUAGAUCCUACUUCCGCACCAACAUCACUAGCACCAGCAACCCUAACUUUGAAAACCUUCCACCCUACCAGCGGUAUCUGUCUAAAAUACCACACGAACAAAGCUGCAGAAAUCGGCCGGUUGAUAGCUGGCUUGGGCAAAUUGGCAAGCGGCGCGCCGGUUAUUGAGACCGUAGAAACGACGAAGGCGGAUGAGGAGAUGGUAGAUGCUCCUGCGUAUGUUCCUGUGGCCGGGGAUGCGAGGGCGAGCACGAGUUCUGGCGGGAAGGGGGGUAGUGCGGGUGGAGCGAGUGCUGGUGGUGGAGGGAAGAAGAAGCAGGCGAAGAGGAAGAAGUAG